AUGGCCAAGGACGACGGGAAGAAGCCCACGGCCGCCGACAAGGGCAAAGGCAAAGCUGUCAAUAGCGAUGCAGAAAAGGCAAAGGAGGCGAAGGCCGAUGGCGAGGACAAGAAGGUCGCGACUACCGGCGAGGAGCUCAGUGAGGAAGAUCAACAGCUUAAGAGCGAGCUGGAUAUGCUGGUAGAGCGGGUAUUGGAAUCCGACACCAGCCUCUACAAGCCUGCGCUGGAACAGAUCAAAGACUUCAUCAAGACAUCGACGAGCUCCAUGACUGCCGUGCCUAAACCUCUGAAGUUCCUCCGUCCACACUACGAGAAUCUGGAGAAGGCCUAUGCAUCGUGGCCUGAAGGCGAGAACAAACAGUCCCUCGCCGACAUGAUGUCUGUUCUCGGCAUGACGUACUCGGACGAAGAGCGCCUAGACUGCCUCAAGUACCGCCUGCAAGCGCCUUCGACCGAUCUCGGGUCUUGGGGCCAUGAGUACAUGCGCCAUCUGGCUCUGGAGAUCGGCCGAGAGUUUCAGAACCGCUUGAAUGACGACCAGUCUACUGACGAUGUCACUGACCUGGCCUCGAACCUAGUGCCCUUUUUCCUAAAGCACAAUGCCGAAGCCGACGCAGUAGACAUUUUGUCCGAAUUGGAGAUGAUUGACCAGAUUGAACAGUACAUUGACGAGAAUACAUAUGCGCGUGUGUGCUUGUACAUGGUCAGCAAUGUCCCACUCCUCACAUACCCCGAUAACGACAAAUUCCUCCGCACUACAUACCAGAUCUACCGCAAGUACAACCAGUACACACAAGCAGUCGCACUGGCCAUACGGUUGAACGAUAGGGACCUAAUUGAAGAGGUUUUCAAUUCGACAAAGGACAAAGCGAUUCGGAGACAGAUGGCCUUUCUUAUCGCUCGCCAGCGCAUCUGGUUUGACGUCUCAGACGAUGACGAUGUGGAGCUUCAGGACUGCCUCAACAAUACGCGGUUACCUGACCACUUCAAGGCCCUUGGAAAGGAGCUCAACAUCUUGGAUCCAAAAACCCCAGACGACAUCUACAAGACACAUCUUGAGAGCAGUAGAACAGCCGGCCUCACCAAUACCGACUCCGCUAGGCACAAUCUUGCUUCUGCCUUUGUCAAUGCCUUUGUCAACACGGGAUACGGCAACGAUAAGCUGAUGCUCAACUCAGACAGCAAAAGCAGUUGGGUGUGGAAGACGAAAGAGGAAGGCAUGCUUUCGACUACGGCGUCACUGGGUAUGUUGCUGCUAUGGGACGUUGAGACGGGUCUGGACAAGAUUGAUCCCUACACCAAUGUGGACGACGACAUGGUCAAGGCCGGAGCUAUGCUUGCCACUGGUAUCUUCAACUCUGGCGUACGACUUGACUCGGACCCCGCUUUGGCUCUCUUGGGUGAUGAGGAUAAUCUGUCCCACAAAAACCGCAACAUUCGCCUUGCCUCAAUCAUGGGCCUUGGGCUGGCCUACGCUGGCUCGAACAAGGAGGAGUUGCUGGAGCUCCUUCUACCUAUUGUAACAGACACAAGUCUCGACAUGCAGCUCUCUGCCAUGGCAGCGCUGUCGCUUGGUAUGAUCUUCGUCGGUUCAGCCAAUGGCGAGGUCACCGAUGCGCUCAUGCACACUCUCCUGGACGAGGACAGGAGUAAGCAGCUCAAGGACAAGUGGACGCGCUUCAUGUCUCUCGGCCUAGCACUGCUAUUCUUCGGCCAGCAAGAAGAGGUGGAUGUCAUUCUAGAAACAUUAAAGGCCCUAGAUCACCCCAUGGCCAAGUCCGCUUCUGUACUCACCGAGGUAUGCGCCUGGGCAGGUACAGGUGCCGUGUUGAAGAUUCAACAGCUACUCCACAUCUGCAACGAGCACAUUGAGGAUGACAGUGAGGAGAAGAAGGGCGACGAGCUUCUUCAAUCAUAUGCUGUCAUUGGUAUGUCAUUGGUGGCAAUGGGCGAGGAUGUUGGACAGGACAUGAUUCUGCGUACUCUUGGUCAUUUGAUGCACUACGGCGAGGCCAACAUCCGGAAAGCCGUACCCCUUGCUCUGGGACUGAUAAGCCCGAGCAAUCCACAAAUGAAGAUAUACGAUACGCUCUCGCGCUACUCUCACGACAACGACAACGAUGUUGCCAUCAACGCCAUCUUCGCCAUGGGUCUUUGCGGCGCCGGCACCAAUAACGCACGUCUUGCGCAGCUCCUACGACAAUUAGCGAGCUACUACCACCGCGAUCCCAACGCUCUGUUCAUGGUUCGCAUAGCACAGGGUCUCCUGCACGCAGGAAAGGGUACAUUGUCACUGAAUCCCUUCCACACAGACCGACAAGUGUUGUCUCGCGUCGCAGCUGCCGGUCUCCUUACUGUGCUUGUCUCGCUCAUUGACGCCAAGUCUUUCAUCGUUGGCGAUUCACAUUAUCUCCUCUAUUACAUGGCGACAGCCAUGUCACCACGCUUUCUCAUCACACUGGACGAGGACCUCAAGCCGCUUACACUUAACGUGCGUGUCGGUCAGGCCGUGGACAUUGUGGGCCAAGCUGGAAGGCCGAAGACGAUUACUGGAUGGCAAACACAGAGCACACCAGUAUUGCUGGCGCAUGGAGAGAGGGCAGAACUCGAAGACGAAAAGUAUCUCAGCCUGACUACUGUGUUGGAAGGUGUGGUCAUUUUGAGAAAGAAUCCCGAAUGGGAAGAUUAA